UCAAUCAAGGUAACCCCGUAGUUGGAUCGAGAGGCCCCCUUCUCCUCCAGGGUCGUCUCCUCGGGAGUCCCCCACCCAGGGUCCCAAUCCUGCUCCCUCCUCUUCCUCCUCCGGGCGCCGAGAAACCCCACGCGCCCUUCCUGGAUGUCCACGCGGGGUGCGUUUUCAGCACCACGGAGAGCUCAGCGACAUGGCCAGCCUACAGCAAGGCGAGAAACAGCUGUUUGAGAAGUUUUGGGAAGGGACCUUCCGCGCCGUGGCCACCCCCAGGUUGGGAAGCAUCAUCAUGACCAAGAUCACCUCCCGUGCCGAGCCCCUGGCCAGCACGGAUGUCCUCAGCUGCCUGGCUCUUCCCACGGAAGUCCCCCCUUCUGAAGAGCCACAUCUACUGCGACAGAGCCACAAUGUCAACAGUUGUGAGAGGCAGAAGGACCGCCUUGAAGACAACACACAGAAAUCACGCAGUCUGUCUUGGGGUGCUGAAUCUCCCCCACCUCCCUCCAAGGGAAAGAAAAAGAAGAAGAAA